AUGAAGUUGGUCCCUCUACGCAAAUCAGAUUUCAUUCAACACCUCAAGAACCAACAAAUAACCGCAACCACAUGCACAUGCAAACCCACGAAAAACGACAUUGGCAUUUUACUCGAAUUCAAUGAGGAGGAAGAAGGUCGUGAAUUGGCCAUUUCUCCACAAAAACUGUCAGAAAUAAUUAAUGAAAACACUAAUUCAAUCAGUAAGAGGAAUAUCAUUGGCCUGGCUUCUUCAUUGAGCUUCUCAAUUCAUGAUCAUGCCAUUCCUUUUGGAAUGUGGAAAUGGGAAUAUCCAAACUCUGGUCGCACGUUGUUUGUGACGCUACCAGGGGAUGGAAAUGAAAUAUGGAAUUGGUUGGACAAGUUUCCAGAGCAAAAGUUGUCAAAACUUUGA